CCCCCUCCCUCCCCGCCACCGCCGUCCGCCCUCGGCCGGCCGCGGGCAAGGAAGAAAGGAGCCAGGAGCGGAGGCAUGGAUCCGCAGCCCCCGCCGCCUGCCCAGGGCAGCCCACCUCACCGCGGCCGAGGCCGGGGCCGGGGCCGGGGCCGCGGUCGGGGCCGAGGCCGGGGCCGGGGCGGCGCGGGAGCCCCUCGGGCGCCCCUGCCCUGCCCCACCUGCGGUCGCCUCUUCCGCUUUCCCUACUACCUCUCACGGCACCGGCUGAGCCACUCUGGCCUCCGGCCCCACGCCUGCCCGCUGUGCCCCAAGGCCUUCCGCCGGCCCGCGCACCUCUCCCGCCACCUGCGCGGCCACGGCCCGCAGCCCCCGCUGCGCUGCGCCGCCUGCCCCCGCACCUUCCCGGAGCCCGCCCAGCUGCGGCGCCACCUGGCCCAGGAGCACGCGGGCGGCGAGGUGGAGCUGGCCAUCGACAGGGUGGCCAAGGAGGCGGCCGAGCCCAGCUGGGGCCCGCAGGACGAGGGCGCGGAGCAGCCCACCACGGCGGCCGCGGGGGCCGCGGAGGAGGCGGCCCCAUGGCCUGAGGCGUGGCCUGCCGGGGAGCCGGCUCCGCCGGCGGCCCCCACGAGCGCCGAGCCCCGGGAGUCCGAGCCAGAGGAGGCCGAGGCCGGGGCCGCGGAGCUGAGCGCCGAGUUGGCGCUGGCGGCCGGGCGGCAGGAGGAGAAACAGGUCCUGCUGCAGGCCGACUGGACGCUGCUCUGCCUCCGCUGCCGCGAGGCCUUCGCCACCAAGGGCGAGCUCAAGGCGCACCCGUGUCUGCGCCCCGAGGGCGAACAGGAGGGCGAAGGGGGGCCGCCGCCGCGCCCCAAGCGACACCAGUGCUCCAUCUGCCUCAAGGCCUUCGCCAGGCCCUGGUCCCUGUCUCGCCACCGGCUGGUCCACUCCACUGACCGUCCUUUCGUGUGCCCGGACUGCGGCCUGGCCUUCCGCCUCGCCUCCUACCUCCGCCAGCACCGCCGCGUCCAUGGCGCGCUCAGCCUGCUGGCCCCGUUGCCCGGGGCAGCCAAGAAAGACGACAAGGCCUCGGCAGGACGGAACUCAGGGAAAGGGCCCGAGGGGAGCGAAGGGGCGGAGUGCGGAGGUGCCUCGGAGGGGGGAGAAGGUGGGCAGAACGGAGGGGACGCCGCCCCCGCCCGGCCUCCCGCCGGGGAGCCCCGCUUCUGGUGCCCGGAGUGCGGCAAAGGGUUCCGCCGCCGGGCGCACCUGCGGCAGCACGGGGUGACCCACUCCGGGGCGCGCCCCUUCCAGUGUGUGCGAUGCCAGCGGGAGUUCAAGCGGCUGGCAGACCUGGCCCGCCACGCGCAGGUGCACGCGGGGGGCCCAGCCCCGCACCCGUGCCCGCGCUGCCCUCGGCGCUUCUCGCGCGCCUACAGCCUCCUGCGCCACCAGCGCUGCCACCGCGCCGAGCUGGAGAGGGCGGCCGCGCUGCAGGCGCUCCAGGCCCAGGCCCCGCAGCCCCCGCCAGCACCGCAGGCUGAGCAGGAGGAGGGCGGGCUCCCUCUGCCCCUGGCACACAUCAAGGAGGAGCCGCCCUCCCCGGGGACCCCGCCCCAGUCCCCGCCGGCGCCCCCUGUGUUCCUCAGCGCCUCCUGCUUCGACAGCCAGGACCACUCGGCCUUCGAGAUGGAGGAAGAAGAGGUAGACAGCAAAGCUCACCUGCGCGGAUUGGGCGGCCUGGCCUCCUGACCCUCGCAGCAGUCCUCCGCCCGCCAUUGAGCGCCCCCCGGUUGCAGUGUAGAUGCAGGAGGGAAGCAGGAGAGGCCCCCUCCUCUGGCUACGCACCCCUCCCCUUCAAGCCCCCGACACUGAGGAGAGGAGGCCCCGGGCGGCCCCACCCUCCCCACGCCCACCGCCCUCCCCCCAUCCUGAGGCUGGUCAGGAACUGCUCACCCCAACACGUGUCUUAAGGCAGGACGACCCGGAAGGAGGCGGAGGACAGUUGGCCCAGGGAAGGAGCCUGGUGGGGGACCCCCUGCCUCCCUGUCCCCCCUAGACACACUGGACACCACCACCUCUUUGAAACUGCCAGACCCUGGGGGGUCCCCAGUGAGCUAAGGUUUGUCCCCGUGCCUCUGUCAGUGAAUAAAUGUGAGUU